UUCUUCAAUAUUCUAGACAGAAUGUUACAGAGCCCCAUUACCAAACUUUUCCAUCUGCACCGAUUAAUCUCUAGAACUCUCGUCUCUCUUGAUUACCUCCUAUAAAUAUGAAUCAGCUCUUCGCUUCCCAAAUCACUCUGAAAAUCAGCUUAAAACUCAUUACAUAAACGUCUUUCUUUCUAUAUCCCUUGUCUGUUUAUAUUUUAGAGCUUGAAUUAUGGCUUUGAGGAACUUUGGCUUCGAUUCUCCACUCUUUACAAUCCUGGAAGACAUGCUGGACAUCCCGGAGGAACAAGAGAAGUCCCGAAAUAACCCAUCUCGAGCCUAUGUUCGAGAUGCAAAGGCCAUGGCUGCCACUCCAGCUGACGUGAUAGAGUACCCAACAUCUUACGUCUUCAUCGUGGACAUGCCCGGCAUAAAUCACGGCGAGAUCAAGGUGCAGGUUGAAAACGAGAAUGUGCUUGUGGUGAGCGGGGAGCGAAAGCGUGAGAAAGAGAAAGAUGAGAAAGAAGGGGUGAAGUAUGUGAGGAUGGAAAGGAGAGUGGGCAAGUUUAUGAGGAAGUUCGCAUUGCCUGAGAAUGCGAAUAUGGAUAAGAUAUCUGCAGUUUGUCAAGAUGGGGUGUUGAGAGUGACGGUGGAGAAAUUACCUCCACCUGAACCUAAGAAGCCCAAGACCAUUGAAGUUAAAGUUGCAUAAGAGAGUUAUGGUUGUUGAUCUGUUCGAUUUGAUAAAAAACAAAUCAAAGAAACGUCAGUGUUUCAUUCUGGUUGUGUGAGUUUUGAAGUUUAUCAACACAGAAUAAUAAAGUUAAGGUUUCUUUAUUUUGAUUUCAUGUUGAAGAAGAUCGAAUGUUGCGUAUUAAUGCAGUAUAACAAUAAAACUGGAUUUUGGUUA